ACGGCGUGUUUGUGCGUGUGUGGGGUGCAGAGAGAAAGAGGCAAAGGGGCGUGGAGGCCGAGAGAAGUGCAGGAAUUAGUUUACACCUCUCUCCAGUUCCCAGUUGCAACAAGUGGCAGCAGCAGCAGCAUCCGAGAGUCUGCAGAACUUUCCCGUGUGCCUCUAAGACACGCAGUCACUGCAGGACCCACGACCACCCGUGAGCCAUGGAAGAAGAAGCGCCCCACGCCGAGCCCAGCAGCAGCGCCUCUGGCAGCACCCACACCAUCCCGCAGCCCGAGAGCAGCCCCCAGCCCGAGAGCAGCCAGCAGUCCGAGAACCCGGAGCUCCUCAUCCCGAGCUUCUGCCCGGCGUCCUCCCCGCCCGCCUCGUCCUCCCCGACUCCGACCCCGACCGGUACCCUCUCCAGGUUCGGCUUUAAAAUGCCAACCAGCCCGGGCGCGGUCGCCCCUGGGAGCCCGGUGGACCGCGGACAGGUGAGCGCCAUAACGGUGGUGGCGCUGCUGGACAAGCUGGUAAACAUGAUGGAGGCGGUGCAGGACAACCAGCAGCGGAUGGAGCAGCGGCAGGCCGACCUGGAGAACGCGGUGCAGAGCGUGCAGGGCGACGUGACCCGCUUGACCAAGAACCACCUCACCACCGCCUUAAACGUUGACAAGCUGCUGGAGCGCUCUCGCAAAACCAGCGGGCACUUGAAGGAAGUGAGGGUGCGCCUGGACAAGCAGGCGGUGCAGGUGAAGAAGCUGGAGAACAACCACAGCCACCUGCUGAAGAGGAACCACUUCAAAGUGCUCAUCUUCCAGGAAGACAAUGAGAUCCCUACCACCGUGUCAGUCAAGGACUCCCUCAAGACCCCACAACCAAGCCAGUAUGAUGCAGAAUCCACCCGGCCUGCUCCAUCUGUUACAGGCUCCACUGAUGGCAUCCAUACCCAAGAUGAGGUCCUCCAGAGCGUUAACCUGUCCUCCGACGAUGAGCUUCCAACACAGGAGGAACAAGAUAGUCUGGAUUGUGAAGGUUUAGGGGCCACUUCCGUAUUGUAUGAGAGAAGGGCUGACAGGUUCAAACGGUCCAGCCUGAAAAAGGUCGACAGCCUCAAGAAGGCCUUCUCACGCCAGAGCAUCGAAAAAAAGAUGAGCCAGAUCACCACCAAGAUCGUGCCACCAGAGAAACGUGAGAAGAUCAAGAAGAGCCUCACCCCUAACCACCCCAAGAGCCCAACUGCCAAGAGCUCCUCUUUUAAGGUGUCUCCCAUGACCUUCAAUGUCAAGAAGGUCAGAGACGGGGAGUCUCCUUCACAAGAUGUGCCCAAGCCUGUAGGAGGAGCCCACGUAGAGAUUCCUCCUUUGGGAAGCAUGGAUGCAGAGCUCAACCGGGCAGAAGUGCAUACCCAUGAGGGGGUUGUGGAGGAGAUGCUAAGCCCUUCCAGCCCAGAAAGCUUGAAGGCAGAGUUCAAUGGAAAAGCAUCAAGUGAGAUUAAUGGUGAUCAUGUUGCUGGUCUGGCACUUCCAGAGCAAGAUGAUCUUGGUGUGGAUGAUGAAGAGGAUGAAGAAGAAGAAGAAAAAAAAGAGGAACAGAAAACUCCUGUUGAGACGGCAGCAGAUACCCAGAUUACCGCAGCGGCAGUUGCUGUGGAGCAAGUUUCUUAAUCUCAUUGAAUUUUGAUCAUAAGCUCUAGAUGCCCGUUUAUUCUUUUCUUUCUCCGAUUGCUGAGCACACAGCAGGCACAAAUUAUCCCUCCACCGCAAACUGUCUCAUGUUCUCGUCUUUAGCACCUAUUUACACUAGAAACGUCCUCUCGACCUCUCGAGGUAGUCCGCCCCCGAACCUUUCCCACAACACUACCUUUAAUUAUCACCAGAAAAGUCUAAAAACCCUGACGUGGUCAGCAACCCCGGACAGUACUUGUUGUGAAGAGUUCAGAUUGAAGCUUCUAGUGCAACUGCUCCAGGAACUCUGUAGUUAAGUUGUCCAAAUAAGGCAACGUUGCAGAAUUUACUCUCUUCAGCUGGUGCCUACCACUUCAAUAGGUGCACAUCUCCUGGGCACGGGACCAAAUAUCUCCCUCCUGCUGUGUUUGUCUGCUCCUGGCCCGCUCUUCCUCACUGACAGAUAGCUUCUUUUGUUCUUUGUGUUUUUGUGAAAAAUAGUAAAUCUUUGCCAACCGUGGUUCUGCCCACAGCCUGGUGAGGCAGUGUGUUGCCAGGUUGUGCAAUAGUUGGAAUGGGAAGUUUCAGCAUUUUUUAGUGAAAAGGUCUUGGGGUGGGUUUUUUUUUUUUUUUUAAGUAGUGGACUAGAGCUUGUUCACUGAAAUCUUAGGCCUGUGCUGACCACGCCCUGAUGUAGACUAACAGGUGGCUGUUUACUUGCCUCUUGUCCUUCACUUCGGGUUUUACGCAUUGCAUAUAGUCCCAUAGUGAGAUCCACUUUCGUCAUUCCUAAUAAUUUAAACAUUGACUACCUGAAACACUAUUUGAAUUACAUACCGCUGCCAUUUGACUUCUAACAAUUAGCUGUUGUAUCACAUAGAAAUGAAAUGUAAUAGAUACAUUUUAAAACCCUCAGAACAUCCUUAAAAAAUUAAAAUAUUUAAAAGAAAUUGUGGUUAUUAUGGUUGAAUUAAGUUUGAGUUCAGUCACGCUGAUGCAAAUAAAGCAUAUGACUGCAGUAUAGAAGCUGCUUGAAAUGUAGAAGACAUCGUUUUAAUACUGAGAUACUGAGUGUCUAUUUUGGAGAAAUGAUUAUAUUUUUCUAUGUGAGGCACACUGCUAUGCGAUAACUGCCUUCAGUACAUAAAUUAAAUGUAUCUGUGAGAUUUUUGUCAUUAUGUGAUACUUGGGUGAUUCUAAAUUGUUUGUCUUGAAGGCGUUCCUAACUUUCAUGGUGAAAUGUUUACUGGGAUUCAUAUGUUUAAAAUGUAAACACUGUUUCAUCACUAAAGCCCGUCUGCCUUGAUGCUGCACAGACAUUCACCUGCAGUGUCUUUAUCAUGCACCAGCUGGUAUAAGGAACUGCUCCCCAGUAGGCUUGGAUUCCUAUGCUUUUGUAUAUAUGAGUGAUAGUAAACCAUGCCGGAAAUUCCGUGGAGUUUUUAAUUUUUUGAAAUUAACUCCAUGAGACAUUUUAAAGGAGGUGCAAACAUCAACUUUGUGUUUGAAAGUCAUUCCUUCAAGUUCCUGUAAAGUGACCCUUCUCUUGUUGCUCUUCCUUGGAGCUUUUACCAAGCUGUCCAAUGCCAUGACUUCCUAAAAAUAAUUUAGCAAGCCCAACCAAGUGCAGUGGAUCCAGAGAGGUCACAGAAGUGGAUAAAGGCAGAAGACAGCAUUCCUAGGUUUGACGGAUGACUCUUUCUCAGCCCAUUUUUCAUGCUCUUGGCCUCCUUAUUGGGAGUGCAGAGAGGGGAACAGCGUACGUGGAGCCACAGGUGUUAUGCCCCGGCAGAGGCUCCUGGGCAUGAGCUCGUAGUGGAGGGCGAGGUGAGAUGUCUAGGAAAGGACUUGAGCUGUUGGGAAAGAUGCUAAAGUUACCUUUGAGCAACAGUAUGUGCAUCUUAGUAGGAUUGUGUUUAAACUGUGGGAACCAGAUGUGUUACACUGCUUCUGAUUGAAGUGAGUAAUAAUGCUUUAGUCUUGAUUUAAGUCAAAAAAUAAAAUCUAAACUAUACAUUAAAGAUCAAUUUAUUAAAAGUGUGGACACAUUCCUAAUUAUAAUAAUAGUUGAGCUUAAGAUUAUCAUUCAGGUGACUCGCUUCAUAUAUGUGCCACAUUUUAAAAAUAAAUUUAAAAAUAAAAAGUUCUUACACUUGUAUUCAGUCUGUAUGUUUUAUGCAGGAACAUAUGUAUUGUUUUAGCUUCAUUUGUGGGAAAUCAAUGGGAAUAUUUAACAUGGGAAAGGAACAGCAAUAUAAAAAAAUCUUAUGUAUACAUCAGAUAUCAGAUUAAAUAGAGAAUUUACUGACAACAGCAAAGCUGUAUAGACUGUGUUGUAUGUUUACACCACGUGGGGGAAAACCUACUAUCCACUGUUGAAAUACAACUAAACAAAUAAAAUAUGAUAAUUGUUAAAUAUGCUGUUUAACUAAUGUAUUGUUGUUACUAUGUUUAAGCAGUAAUCUAAGGGUAUUCAUGGCUCUGUUUUUAUAAAUGGCCUCUGCAGCUUGCUUGCAUUUCAGAGCUUUUUUUUUUUUUCAUCAAAAAGGUUUGUAGGUUGAAGUAAAAGUAAAGAAUUUUAUCUUUCACUAAAAUUCAAAGCCAAAUAACAGUCCCUGCAAACACAGCACAUUUUGGUAUUACAGUAUUUGGAGAAAAGAAAGUGCUUUGUGUGUUACAGCAAUACUCUGCACAUUUAUUGAAUAAGAUCUGUUAAGAAUAAAUGCAUAAAGCAAUUUGAUAUGUAUUCUUUUGAACAACUUGAGUGUGUUUAACCUUUGUUUUUCAUUUAAAUUUUUCAUAUAAAUCACCCAAGAUGAAAAUGGAUUGAACACUAGGUGUAUGUGUACUUUCUGCUUAUUCAUGCAAAUGUGUUACUUGAUGAUAUCUGGUCUGCUAAAAAAUAAAUGUAUACAAUGUGUAUUUGUUCAAAAGUCUUCUUUUCGUUCUUUGCAUUGUUAAAUCUACGAGUUAUGAGGACCGCGGUUUGCUACACAGCUUGAGCACUGUCAGGUAGUGAUCUUGUGUUUAACAUAAUCUUUGUUUUUGCUUCUUAGCCAGCUGACUUAGAUAACCACUUAAACCAAAGAAGUUUCCUUCAUGGCAGAAGAUUACUCAUCACUUGAGGGCUUAAAUGUGCUCCCCUCACCAAUCUUGUAAACAUGCUGACCUUUCCUUCACAGACUUUAGUAUUGUAUACAUUAAUAAACAUUUUAUAACA